AUGGACUCUUCCCUCGAGGCUUCCAAGGGUCGUGUCGGAUUAUCGACCGAACUCACCCUGAACGCCGAGGAGUUCGACGCAUAUGACCUCCAAGAUCCCGUCACAAUCGCAUUCCAUUUGCGUGAGCUAAAUGCGACCAUCGCAUUUGCCGAAUCCCUCGGAACCACUUUAGACAUUCACUUCACAGAACCUGCGGCCCCCUUGUGCAUCGAUGUGGAAGGCCUCUCCAUCGAAGGACUGUUCGUAAUCUCGACCAUUCAGGUCCCCGGAGAAAACCAUGUCACCAUGAGUCAGACUACUGCCACUGCUAAUGGUGUCAAAAAACGUGAACGUGAAGAAACCCCGUACGAGAGUGCAAGAUUCAAGAAGUCCAUGAAAGUGGUGCACACGACUCCCCUGCCGUCGGGCUCCCGAUCCUCUGCAUCCGUCCGUGGUCAGAGCGUUAUGUCUGCGCAGCCCCCCGCCUCCCUUCCAAGAGCAGCCUCCUUCUUUGCUGACAGACCAAACGCGCAGUCAACACCUCGCGACAUGCCCCCACCUCCCCUUCCAAUACGCGGAGAAUACGCUCCUCCUCCACCGGCGAGGCGUGAGGAAUCCGAAGAGCCCCUAUUCCUUCCAGCAUCUUCUCAGCUCUCACAAGCCGAGGUCGAGGUCCUUCGGUCAACCGGAUUGGGAAUCGAGAAUAUGGACGCGGAAGAAUUUGCCAACAUGCUCGAGGGCGAUGGUGAAGAAGUAGCAUUCGACCUGUCUCAGCCGAAUUUCGCCCUGCAAGCCAGUCAGACCGACCCUGGAACUGAAGAGAUAAACAUGGAGUUCAUAUCCACACAAUCAUCAGGUGACAGCGAGUCAAAGGACUUCCAUCCCUUAUUCGAAGAUUGAAUUUGUCCGAAUAGUGAAUGUCAGAAAGGCUAUCCUCCAUAGCCUUCCUUCUGGUACUCGUGUCGCAGGGCAAGCGAAGAAACUCCUCACGGAUCUCGACCGUCAAGUCGUGCUCACUGCAUCUCCCCCUCUUGGACAAGGUUUGAGCACAGCAUGUAUUCCCUGGCACUACCACGCCCGGAAGCCAACAUCCCGUGUCAAAUGCAGAUGUGGAGUACGCUUCUAACCCUCACAACAAGCACUGUGGUUUCCUGAUAAGAGGGUUUAAAACUCCGCGAGGGUGGGGAAGGCUUCCUUGAACGAC